CCGGCCGCGCGUGACCCCGCCCCCUCCUCCCUGUGGACGACGGGCAGCAAUGAGCGAACAGAGGUGUGAUUGUUCCGCUUCGCCCUCCCCCGCAGCGAGCUCCUCCUGGCCCGCGUCGGCGCGUUGAACGAGGGGCAAGAAGGAGUCACGCGACCACACGAGCGGAAUGUCAGUGCGCACGCGACGCCCGGUUAUUCGGGAGACUUCGACCGGCAGCCGGUGCUGAACGGGCAGCCAGCUAAGCGACGUUAGCCGCCGCGCGCCGGGGGUUCCGCGAGGCUGCGGCCGCGCGCUGCAUGACGGUCGACGUGCUCUUCAGAAACGGGGACGCCGGGUGGGAAGCGGCGGGGGCGCGCGCGAGCUGCCUGCGGUGACGGCCACGGCCACGUAUCGCCUUAUCUCUCUCGCUCUCUCUCUCUCUGCUCGGGUCGUUUUUUUGCGAGCACGGAAGUGCUCUCGUUUCUUUUGUUUCGUCAUAUCCAUUAAAAAACACUUUAAAAAGGAGUGUUUCCCUGAGACAAUGGCUCCCAUGGGUGUCCGACUGUCACCGCUCGGCGUGGCGGUGUUCUGCCUCCUUGGAGUCGGCGUCAUCUACCACCUGUACGCCGGGGUCAUCUCCAGCCGCUGGGCCGCUUUCAGACAGGGCAGCAGGGUGGAUCUGAGGGACCUGCUGGCGGUCUCGGUGGAGGCCGCGGUGCUCGGAGGCACAGAGGUGAAGAAGGUGCGCGAUGAAAACGGCCUGAAGGAGAAGUCGAAGGGCAAGACGCGGGAGGGCGUCGAUGAGCUCCUGACCAUGGGCGACCUGCAGUCCCACAGGAAGAUGUUUAACCUCAUCAGCAACACCUUCCCCGACGUCACGGUGAACAGCGAGGAGCACGACAACACGGUGGACAAGGCCGCGUCCUGGAGCCGGGACAUCCCCGCCGACAUCCUGGACAAGAUCGACGGGGGCAAGGACGUCCCCGCCGAGAGCGUCACCGUGUGGAUCGACCCUCUGGACGCCACGCAGGAGUACACGGAGAAUCUGGUGAAGUAUGUGACCACGAUGGUGUGUGUGGCCGUAGACGGUAAACCAGUCAUCGGGGUCAUACACCAGCCGUUCACUGACUUCACUGCCUGGGCGUUUGUCGGCCAGGGGUCCAACAUGAGUCCCCGGGCGUCCUACAGCGACAGCCCCCCCAAGGCCAUCGUCUCGCGGUCCCACUCCGGGAAAGUUAAAGGCUUUGUUCAGGACGCCUUUGGAAACGGCACCACCAUCAUCGAGGCCGGGGGAGCAGGAUAUAAAGUCCUGUCCCUCUUGGCGAUGCCUUCGAGUGACACCGGCUCCAUGGACCAGGCGGACGUUUACAUCCACGUCACCUUUAUUAAGAAAUGGGACAUCUGCGCCGGUGCUGCAUUACUCAACGCUCUGGGGGGCCAAAUGACGACGCUGAAGGGCGAGGCCAUCGACUACAGCGGAGCGCCGCUCAACAAGGGCGGCCUGGUGGCCAGCGUGGGCGUGGACCACGCCGCCUUACUGCAGCGGCUGCCCCUCCUGGACCCUGAGAAGCACUGAAGGCGGAGCCACUGGCCGCUCGGUCAGCUCGUGGGGAAAAGGCGACACGUGGCGGCGCUCUUCUCCCACCGAGAGCCAAAACAUCCGCCGAUCGGACGGGUUGGAACCAACACGGCUGCCGCCAAACCAAUGGCUCUGAACUCGCACUCCUGGACAUGCAAUCGUACUUUGCAGCUGUGAGAAAUGGUACACCUUCCUCCUCCACACAAACACACCCCGGCUCCCUCGCCACGGCCAUCACCACUCCAUACCCACGAACCCUUCAAGGGCCCGAUGGGACGUUAAGACCGUCGACAUCACGAGUCCAGUAGACGCAGGAUGAAGGGACACUCCUGUGUUCCAGACGUACACGGUAGCAUUGAGGUCACCAGGAUGGCAGAUUUCUGUCAAUUGGACUUUGGCCUCUCAGCUCUGGGUCAAGAGGACCCAGCUAGUGUAUUGGUUUGUUGUUUUCAAACUUUGGUUUGAUCUUCACUUCAAGAAAAAUCUAUUUCUGAAAACUCUCCUCCUGGGCCAGGCACUGUGGAGGAUUUCAAAUAUCACUUUCACACCAAAUGCCUUUAUAUUAGAAACAUGGUCUUCAGUGACAACCACACAUUGGAUGUUAGCUCGUGGACAUGUGAGCCUGAGAACGGGUUUAGUAGAAAGUCAACUUCUAAAAAUGUAUGAAUUAGGCCAACUCGGAAUAAUAGUGAAUCUAUUAGAUUUACUAAGCAAUCAAUGAAAUGACUAAAGGGGGAAAUCGGAAGGAAAUGGUCUAUUAUCUUAUAAAUGUGGGCUGAUUAAACCUCUUCUCAGAUAUGUCUUGAUUUCUUUAAUAUUUAUUAUAUAUAUUUCAUAUAUAUAAUAUUUUGUAUAUAUACAUUUUAUUUAAAAUAUAUAUAUAUAUUUAUGUAUAAAUAAAUGUAUAUAAUGUGUGUGUAGUGGAAGCAGUGAGUGGGGGUUAAAAUGGACAUAUCAAGGCUCUCCUUCCUAAUCGCAGCCAAAUAACCUCCCUAGAAAUGUCUGGGCCUUUAACACGGGUUCUGAAAGAGACGGGUGCUAAAACUGAUUGUUUCCGACAGAAUAUACAGUUAUAAGAGUGAGGCUAUGGUCAAAAAAUAAUGUUUUUUUAUUUUUAUCAAAGCAUGUGAACAUGUUUGAGUAGAAAUGUGAAAUGCAUACAAGUAUGACCCUGGAAGGGAACAUGACACGUUCCCCUCUAAUGAGCCGGAUCCCUGAGGGACACUAACAUUUAUCUUCCUGUAAAAACACUUGUGUAAUGAACUGAAACCACGAAGCGCCGGGACGCUCGUCACCGCCUCGCCGGUACGACUCCUGAGCGGUCAGCUGCGUACACUCCAGACCGGAGAUCGUGACCCCUCGCACCUGGUCACGUGUUGACCGGACCGGACUCAUCGGUUUUGUAUUUUAAGUGACCUCGGCCCCUCAACCCACCUACACAUGUCUUUCUGUACCGUGUGCGUUGUGGUCCUCAACAAACCGUGACAGGAAGCUCAUGUCCGUGUCUCCAGGAAGUUAACCCUCCUUUGGACCUGUCUGAGCUUCUGCUUGUACGAUUGACGACCCUGCACAGAGGUCAAAGGUGACGACGAGGAGACGCCGACACUACGAAGGGGACAGCGUUCAGCCCGGGACCUCGAUAGCAGGGGGGGGCUUUGUGUGAUUUGUGAUUGGAGUGCCUUUUGAGCGACGGUGGAGCGGUGGUUAUUAUGCAAGUGUGGUGUCGCCAUGGUGAUUUUUGGAUCCGCCGUCAGUCUGAGACAUUCGUUAAAGGAGGCGGGUCUAUCUGCACUUUCCUACAAGACACGACCUCUGAACUCAUUGUCCAUUUUUCAAGGGGUGUGUCAUGUAGUGGGCGUGCCCUGUGGGCGUGUCCCGUGUUGAAGGUGUCGUGGAAAAACGACGAGACGUGUGUGGGGGAUAAAAAAACAUUAAAUAAAGCCUUUUUGGAGCUGUGUGGAA